ACGUCAUUCUCUCACGUUCGAUGUGAGGUGUCAGAGAAAUAUUCGCGAUAAUUAUUAAAAAAUAAUUAGAUCUUGAAAUGUUUAGAAGGUUUAUUUCUUUUUUUAAUUAUGUAUUACUUUAAUAAAGCCACGCCAGUGACGUCCAGUUAUCUGGGAUUCGUAUAGCGACGAUAUUUUUUGUUUUAUUAGUUCAUUAUGAACUGUCACCAAGUGUUAAGUGGUGCCUGUAAUUCAGGAGAUCAAUGUUUUGCUGUUGGUUCUGUCGAAGGAAUACCUUUCACAGCAUAUGCGGCAGGAUGUAACAUAGUGAUCUUGGCAUCCAACUUUGAAAGGGUUCAGAUAAUACCAGGAGCUAUCCAUGGCUAUGUACGAAUUGGUUCAUUGGACUGCAGCACAGACACUGGUAAAAUUGCCGCAUCCUAUGGAGCUGAAGUGUGUAUAUUCGAGCCAACACCAUUAAUACACACAGCCGCUACCACUCAUGGCUUGGAGUACCGUUGGGUGCAAACAGGGAAGUUAGUAGCGGAUGGGCCUAUCACUGCGCUAUCAUGGAAUCUCGAGGGCACCCGGCUGCUAACCGGCGGCAAGAUAUUGCAAUUGUGGCACCAAGCGUCGCUCUAUCAAGAUGACAGCCAACCAAGCUCAGGUGUCACAUUUCAAAUCGGUGGCGACAAGGAUGACAAACCUAAGCAAGCUGAGGAGGACGAGCCAGGCUGGAUAUGCGUGUGGCAGUGUCACACGGCAACUCCUGCGCAUCACCUAGCGUUCUCGCCCGACGGCGUCCUAUUUGCAACAUCUGGGAUUAAUGAUCGACUCGUUAAGAUCUGGUACCAAAACAAAGUUCUGGUCCAAACCCACAACGAUCACUCGCCACCGGAGCUCAACUACACGUUUAUAUACGUGGCACAUCCGCGCGCUGUCACACAUCUGUCAUGGCGUAAGACUAGCAAAUAUAUGCCCAAGGGCAGUGUCGGCAACGUGUUAGUAACAUCAUGCGUGGACAACAUCUGCCGCGUGUGGGCGGAGACCUUGCUCCCGGAGGACGAGUGGGGGGGCGGCUGCGUGACGUCACACUCGCGCUCGCCGCCGCGCCGCCAGCGGGCCACGCACCGACACAAGCAUCGCUUCAUGCAGCGCUUGAAGCAUAUGAAAACAUGCUUCCACAUCAGACGGACGGCGCAGUCGUCGAAGCAGCCCGGCGCGCCCAUCCCCACCCUGCCUUCAACGUACAGCGCUCACGAUUUCCACAACCCUUACCACGCUAGUUCCUAUACCGGAGGCCUUCACUUCCACUUAGCAGCUUCUAUAAACGCGGAGACGGAUAUUCCUCUGGUGCCCUCGCUCGCGGGCGGCGGACGGUUCAUCUUACACUGGCUGCACAACAAGGAGAUGCACUUCACCAGCCAAGCUGAGGCCAUACUGCACGAUCUUACUAAAAAAAUUUUAGAUAAGGAAGAAACAGAUGAGGGUGGAUCAGGUUCAGAUCAUACCGCACAUCCGGAAGGAGAACAUGAAAGUAGCGGCAACCACAGUCACCCGAGUUUAUCGAACACCACGUCAAUUAAUUCGAUAGCCACUGACGUCACGUGCACGCACCUUCCGGACUCGCUCGACGCUAAGAUCGAGUCGUUACUGCGGGAUUGGCAUCAGAGUCCUGAUUUACUGUUCUCGAUACACCCUGUUGAUGGCAGCUUUUUGAUAUGGGUGUGCGAGUGGCUGGACGAGCUGCAGGCGGGCGCCAUCCGGCAGGCGCAGGUGUCGUUCUCGGCGCGCAUCCCGGCCGCCUUCCCGCUGGGCGACGCGACCACCAUGUGCACUCCCGCCGCGCUCUACCACGCCGCCGCGCAGCCGCUCUACGUGCGACACCGGACCAAGCCCGUCACGCCCAUGGGACAGCAACAGCCUGAAGCAGUGACAACCCCGUUAGCAAGCGUCCAAGAAGAGAAAGAAGAAACUGAAUGGCCACAAGCUGAAAACGAACAACAUGAAACACAGGAAAAUGGUCAACGUGAAGAGAACAACAAUGAAAUGCAGCGUAAAACAAGUGUGGCGACAGAGGACUUGGGCGAGAACCAAGAGGGGGAUGUGUUGGACUCGGCGCCCGUCAUAUCCAUGGUCACUAACCACACUAACGGGACUCUAAACCUCUGGCAGCUGACCUUCGAUGAUAAGUCCAAGUUUUCUCAGGUGCUAUCAAUAGGCCACGCGUCAAGAGCGUCCGGUCAUAGGUUUAGAGUGAACGACAUCACAUGCCAUCCAGUAUUACCGUUACUUCUAACAACAAGCCAUCAUAAUAUUUCUGACAGUGAACGCGACCACCACAAGUACGACGACGACGCGGCGGCGGGCGGGCUGUGCUCCGAGCUGAUCAUGUGGCGCGUGGAGUGCGUGGGCCCGCUCGGCAAGUCCGGCGGCGUGUCCGAACUGGCGCGCGUCAACUCGCCGCAUCUGUCCGCCUUCAGCAACGUGGCCUGGCUGCCCACGUUGUUGCCUAGCACAACCCUCGGGAAUCUAUCAAAUUCCCCAUCAGCGUGUUUCGUGGCGAGCGACGGUGAGAGUCUGCGCGUGUUCCAAGCUGUGAUAGACGCGCGCACGUUACUCGCCGAGAUCGCCACGUCGGAGAGACGUCAUAAAGAUGUAACGCAGCACGACACAAUGUCAACAUCAUCAGAAUCAACCCUCGAGGAAGGUGGGGGCAUUCCCCUCCACGACCGCAUCAACAUCGUGUCGCAGCAGUCGACCGCGCGGCCCGGCGCCAUCAUACAGCUGCACGCCAUCGCCGACGCUACCCACGACUGGCACAACACGCAGCUGCUACACGUCUUCCAGGAACAACUUAUUACUGGUGAACGCACAUCCGUCGAGCCUGAACAUGCGGAUUCCGGCAUUGAUAGCGACGUGAAUACACUAACAGAGGCUGGUAUGGAAGCUAUAGUGGACUUGCGGAAGGCAGCUGUCUUCAACGAACCCUUCUAUAUCGUGGUGUUGGAGAGGACUGAUGGCGGCUCUACUGUACAUAUGUGGAGGCUGACUGUGUCGUCACAGGCUGAUCCCAAUGAUGACCUAACGAACAGUAUGAUGUACGUACCAGAUAGCGCACUUGUACAGGAGGAGGAGGGCGAGUCGCGCAAGAACUCCGUGUCUAUGGAUAACGACCGCGCCCCGCCACAGUCGCACGUCCAUUCACAUAUCUCUAUAUCUACCAAGAAGGUAUGUGAAUGUCCCCUGUCAUUACCUGACGGUGUGGACGUGAUCCACGCUACGCCCGCAGCGGGACACCUCAGCUCUGCGUCCAUAUACCCAGCUUGUUUAGCGCCCUACAUCAUGGCUACUGCUUGUUCCGACAGCACUCUAAGAUUUUGGAAAUGUCACGUUACGAAAAACCAAGACGAAGAUUUCGAAUAUGCAUGGAAGGAAUGGGAGAUGAUGAACAAAGAUCAAGAAUCUGCAAUAGACAUUCCAGGCCAACCUCUCCACAUAAGCGCGGCAUACUCCGGUCGUAUCGCUUGCGCAUACAAAUGCGGUCGCUCGUUCACUCGGCCUAAAGUCGGUACUACGACCAACAGCAACAGUUCCGACGCUCGCUUCGUGAAUCUGUGCGUGUGUGUGUACGAGUGCGAGAGUACGGGCGGGGCCGAGUGGCUUCUAGAAGAUACGAUACCGCUGAGGAACGUCAGCCUGCCAAGGGUGGGCGUGUGUACGGACACACAGAUCGACCUGUCGUAUUUACAUGAUACAUCGUUCAUGCAGAAGAAGCAGAGGUUGAAUCAGGUACUCCAAACGCUAUCAUCAGACGACGGUCGCAGCAGUCGCAACGGUGAAGGCGACACGGGCAAAUCAGCUGGUUUACUCGCGGUGCCCUCGUUUAGCACUCUCCAAUCUCUACGUAAGAGUAUUAUGGAGAACGGGAACACUUGCCCGCUCACACAGAAACACUUGGUGCAGCUAGACUGGGUGUCGAAGGAGGAUGGAUCACAUAUACUGACGGUUGCGGUCGGGUCCAGAGUGCUAUUGUUCACGCCAGUAUCCAGUGAUCUUGCACAGGCUAAUUUGAAGGCAAUGAAAGAAUCAAUAAGCAACAACCGUCCAAUCCUCCGUAAGGCUUCAUCUCUCGCCGCGCCACUCUUCGUCGAAGAGAUCAGAUGGAUGCAACUCCGGCGCAUCGAACUAAAGACCGCGGAUGGCUUGCCACCGUUACCUAUGCAAAUAUCUUGGGUGCGAGACGGUAUAUUGGUUGUGGGAAUGGAUUCUGAAAUGCACGUGUAUUCCCAGUGGAAACCUGAAAAUCCGCAGACGGCUUCAGGAUUGAUGGGUACACAGGAACUAGAAGAAGGCGGCGAGUCUCGUGCGCUAAGGGACUCAGACUUGCGUAUAUCCGCGCCUCAUCUACAGCGGGUGUCCUCGAUCAACUUGCAGCUGCUUGAGCGCGACGCUAGGAGACGAAACAAGACACAACCGGAUCAACCACAGCCCCUAUUGGAUUACAUGCCAGACUACGGAUUAUUUGAAGCUUCACAAAUGGCCUGUCCCGUGCUACCCCAGUACCACCCGAAGCAGCUGAUGGAGUUGCUCAACAGCGGCAAAAUACGAUGGGUUAAAGCUAUCCUCGCUCAUUUAGUCAGGUGUAUCGGAGGGACAUACACUGGUCGCAGUUCCCAAGGCGACGAAGACAGUUUAUCAAGACAGCGCGGCUGGUCGCGCUCGCGCACGCUGUCCGUAUCGUUCGCCGCUGGCGCCGCUUCGCCGCUAGAUGGCGUUGCACAGAUAACGGAGGACGUGCAGUUAGACUACGCAGAGAUAACGUCUGUGCCGCCGCUGCCUCUUUGGACAUUACUUGUCGCCGACAAGGAAUCUCCUCACCAUCCGUCCACUAUACAAGAAGCUAAGGAUUACAACGAACUAUUCGAAGGCACUAUGGAUACAGAUGAGGACCUAGAUGCCUUGUUGUUAGGCGAAGAAGAAGGAGUCGAUAGACGUCCUUCUAUGCCUGAAAGACAACCACUGUCACACUUUGGACCAAGACAAGGUCGCAUACUAUCUCGCCUUCUCACUCACACGCACUUACCGGGGCUCAGCUCGCUCGAUCAGAUGCAUUUACUGGCGUUAGCUGAUACGGUAUCCACUUGUGAUGCUGAUUUCGCUGAACGACUUGCGUCUAAUGCUCGCGUAGACAUCGCUCAAGCUUCCGGGCAGGAGAUUCUACCGGAUUCCCUUGAUGACUGCGGCCUACGAUUCCUUCUCGCUAUGAAGCACUACGGCUACCUACUCCGCUGCUUACCCCUCGCUCAGCGCGCUAGCCUGCAACGCAUCGGCGUCGGUACCUGCAACCUGGUGUGGGCCUUCCAUUCUGAGACCCACGAACAACUGCUAGCUUUAAUACCCGGGUACACUAAGGGACAACCUAAGUGGUCCACUAUGAGGGAGCUUGGUGUCGGUUGGUGGGUCCGAGGCGAAUUGCUACGUACCUGCAUGGAGAAGUUAGCCCGCGCGUCGUACAUGCAGAAACAAGACCCCAUGGACGCGGCUCUUUACUAUCUCGCUAUGAAGAAGCGAAUGCUCUUGUGGGGUUUAUUCCGCUCCAAUAGAGACGAAAAGAUGACUGGUUUCUUCUCAAACGACUUCACGGAAGACCGUUGGCGGAAAGCUGCAUUAAAGAAUGCGUUCGUUCUGCUCGGGAAACAACGUUUCGAACAUGCGGCCGCUUUCUUCUUACUCGGCGGUGCUCUAAAAGAUGCCUUGGAGGUACUGAUAACACGCUUGGGAGAUUUACAACUAGCGAUGGUCGUGGCGCGAUUGUACGAAGCUGAUAAUCCGUUACCUACAAGUUUGAAGAAACUGUUAAUGGACGAGAUAUUGGGUGGAGAAACAACAGACGGUGAGGUGGACUUAGAACGCGCUCACCCCGAUCCAUUCGUCCGGUCCAUGGCUCUCUGGGAACUGAAGCGUUACGGCGAAGCGUUAGACACACUCCUCAGUACAGCGGGACGUCUACACGCGGCGAGAGACAACGAGCCAAUGCCGAGCGUUUUCAACUUCUACGUGUAUCUACGUACGCAUCCGCGUUUGAAGAGACAUAAUCUGCCUAGUCAGGGUGGAACUCUCGCCCUACUCCAACAAGAGCCAGAAGAGGGCAUCACUCGUCUGGAACGCCGGCUGUACUUCCAAACAGCCCACGGUCACUUCAAGGCGGGCUGCCCGGCGCUCGCGCUGGAGGUCCUGUCCAAGCUGCCGGCGCGGGUCCGCGACGAGCGCGCGCGGGCCCCGGUCGCCGCGCCCUCUGUCGACGACGCCGUCAUACACAGCGGACAGCUCGUGGAACACGUCACAGCCAAAAAAGAGGAGCCAGCUAACGUGGACUGGGGCGCAUCAGCGUUAGAUGUCGAUUGGGGCGCUCCUGUCGCUACGAACAAAAGUGAUGAACUCGUUCUCAGUUGGGACGAUGACGAUAAUGAUAAAGAAGAAUCCGACGAAUCAGGAGCUUCCACACCUCCUCUAGAAAUGAAAAUGGAUAAGAAAGAGGAGGCGCCUGCUAACAGCACGUCUGAAAAAGAGGCAGACGACACGCCCACGGUCGACAUAAUGGCGCAGCAACUCAAGUUCGUCGCCUGCCUCAAGAUAUUGAUGGAGGAGUUGAGUACGCUCGCUACUGGCUUCGAAGUUGAUGGCGGUCACCUCCGCUACCAGCUGUACAUCUGGCUGGAGCGCGAGGUGGAGGCGCUGCGGCGGCUGUGCGGGUACCUGGCGGCGGGCGGCGCCAGCGGCGGCGCGCUGCUGUGCGCCGAGCCCGAGCUGGCGCCGCUGCCCGAGCGCCCCACGCUGCACCAGCUGCUCGUGCGGGAGAAGGCCGACUUCGAGGCCAAGGUGCAGCGGGCGCUCAACAGGAAGAAGUGGCUUAAAGCGAACGAGACCCUCCUACGUACAUUACUAUCAUACUGUAGCUUACACGGUGCGGGUGGCGGCGGGCUAGCCUCAGUUCGCAUGGAACUGGUGCUACUUCUACAAGAAUUAGGCCAGGACAAACAACAUCAACAACUGCUAUCGCCUCUGCCAUUCCCGACUACACUGCCGCUGUUGGCUGCAGCCGUGGCUACUAAUAAUACUGUCGUGGCUGAUCCUGUUAGACAUUUGCAGUCGGUAGCCCACGACAUGCUGGGCACGAUAGGCGAGCUGGGCAUUCCGGGCGGCUCGGCCACUCGAAUACUUCACACGCUCAGGGAGCUCGCAGUCGCGCUGUCCGCCUGCAUCUACCAGAGUCUGUGCGACUCCGAUACCUUUAGCUUGAAGCAUGCGCAUCAUCAUGAUGGUAUUAUAGCCGACACCCCUGGCACUAGUCAAAUAUUAGCGAGACAAAGGCGUCAUUCCACCGACGAGUUGACUGUUACAACUACGCCCAACAAAUGGCCAGGUGUAUCAGCUCUCCGCGGAUUAGCCCUCCGUGCAGCAGAAGAAGAAGACGCGCCUCGCCUGGCGGUCCUGCUGGCCGAGGCAUUCUGCGCAGUGUACCUGGCGCUGCUGGGCUGGGCGGCGGCCGCGCGCGACGCGCACCUGCUGUACAGGCUGUCGGCGCACGCGCCCGUCGCGCCCGACCACGCGCGUCUGUUCGGCGGCGGUGUGAAGAGGCUCCUGGCCACCGCGCCCGCGCCGUCUUUGCAGCCGAAGUUAGUGGAGCGACCGGAAGGCACAUCAGUCUGGUCUUCUCUCCGCGAGAAACGCGCUCUUCUCAACAUGCGUUUACUGGGGCUGGGUCCCACCGCGCCUCACAAGAACAUACAGGAAGGUCGGCCUACCUACAGAGAGCAGUUUGUGCCCCCACACUGCAGUAUAUUGACGUAUUUGCUUACUAAGCCGACAGCUGAACAAGACCCGGAGAAUUACGAUUACGAUUCCGCCGAGUCUGGUGCCGAGGAUGCCGCCGAGAGUGGCAGUGAACCCGAAGAUGACGACAUAUUCGAUACUAGUAAUACCAAAAACGAAAAGCAAGCUCGUCGCAAGCUGACGAACUCGGAGCACUCGGACCCGGACUCGUACUCGUGGCUGGUGAUGCGUAUCGCGGUGCUGCGGCUCGCGCAACAGAAGCUGCAGAACUUCCUGCAGCUGUGCGGGAUCGAGAUGUCCGAGUUAGCCACCACUAGCCCGAUGGUCCACGGCGCCCUCCGCCGCGUGGACCAGUGGCAGCAGCAGCUGACGGAGACCCUGGAGUCUCGCUCGCCACCGCCGGACUAUAUCCCCGGCUGCUUCCCCGAGCAGCUGCCCACCGGACCGCCUAUUAAUAAGUACAGAUGUUUAUUAGAAAAGCAUAAUACACCGUUCAGUUCAGUGCUAUUUAGUGCUGCUCCAGCACGAAGACUUUGGAGUUUCCUCGUGCGACAAGAACCUGUGCAGGACCUAUUCAUCCGCGCCGUGUUCUCCCGCCGCCGCACGCAGUCCGUGUCAGCGGAGACGAUGGCGGGCGAGGCGCGCGGCGGCUGCAUCCCGCAGACGCAGCGCGACCGCGACCUCGAGCUGCACAACCCCGUGCGGAUCAUACACAAGGAGCAGGACUCCAUCGCUGCCUUCUGUCUCAAUAAGGUGGGCGGCUGCUUACUAGCCGUAGCGACAGCUCGCGAGGUGCAGGAGAUGGACGUGUCGCUGUUGCUGCGCGCGGGCGCGUGGUGGGCCGAGGACGAGUGCGAGCUCGACCUGCUGGCGCUGGCGGCCGACCCCGCCGCGCUGCCCGACACCGGCUUCCUGCUCAUACAGCAUCACGACAAGCCAAACAGCGGCUCAGUUCCUGGCACUGGCAACAGCUCGCCAUUGAACCCCAACGCACCUCAAGUGCCAGUCGGGAUGGCCAGUCAGACCGGCCGAGGCGCUAGCGUUGAGCGGCGUUCAAGCUGCGUACCGACCGGCCUUGAAGCGUAUAUCGUUACAGUGCUGAAACACAAAAUUGACAAUAUCAAAAGGAUGGCUGCACAUCCUUCGCAACCAUUGUACCUGACUGGCGGUGCGGACGGUUCAGUCCAACUGUGGGAAUGGGGCCACCCCUCCUGCGUGUGGUCGCCGCGCGCUCCGGGCGCCUUCGCCAAGGUUACGCGAGUCAGGUUCUCUGACUACGGGAACAAGUUCGCCGCGUCCGAUGCUGAUGGGAACCUCGCUAUGUGGCAGCUGCACCCCGCUCCGCAUCAGCCGGGUCAAACGCAUGCCUCGCCGAGACCGUUCUUUACCCAUCAGUGUCAUAGUAAAGGAAUAAGCGAUUUCGUUUUCCUUGGUUCAUGCAGUUUAGUUGCUACGGCUGGACACAGCUCAGAGAGUAAAAACGUUGCUAUCUGGGAUACUCUAAUGCCAAUCAAGAAGGCUUUAGUGGUUUCGUGGACGUGUCACGAGGGCGGCGCGGCGUGCGUGGCGUGGGCGGGGUCGCUGGGCGCGCUGGUGUCGUGCGGGCGGCGCGGCGACGUGCUGGUGUGGGACCUGCGCGCGCGCGCCGUGCGCCACCGCCUGCACGCGCACCACGCGCCCAUCAAGUGCGUGGCGCUCUCGCCCCGGGAGGACUACUACGCCAUCGGAGCCGCGGAUGGUGACAUCAAGGUGUUCUCGCUCACCACGCAUCAGCUGCUGUACACGUUCGCCGGGGAACACGCCAGAAGCUCUUUCUUCAAGCACAUCGGCCAGGGUGUCACGCAAAUACAUAUCGACAACGCCGGCCGUUUGUUCUCGUGUGGCGCUGACGGCACCAUGAAAGUGAGAAAGUUGCCGGAGCGGGACUCGCCACUGCCUCAUCAACCGCAGUACUAACUCUCUUGAGUUGAUACACGGUAGACGAGCCCCGGCCACACCGUGCCCGGCGCCGCGCUUCUUGCGCCCCCUUGUGAUGUACCUAUUUAUCGUUGUUGCUAUUCAAAUGUUACGAGUAUGAUGAUCAUUAUACGCCGUUAGACUAGUCACUGAGUAGGCGAUGUUGUAUCUUAUAAUGUAUUUAAAAUGUUAAUGAAUCUUUAGUUAUUUCUAGUGUGAAAUAUUCGCUAUUUUUAACUUAAUAAAACAUGUCCUAGAUAAAUAUAUAAUUUAUUUAUUCGCACUCGCUGUCGGUGAGAGCCGACGGGCGGCCUGUGGUGUCGCGCGCGACUCUCGGGAUCGUGUCUGUGUAACAAUAUUGUAUGAUGUGGUGUAUGUAUAGUAUUUGUAAAGUGCAAUAAAGAACUCGAUGCUAACUUAUGAAUCCGACAACUGACGACGUCGAAGCCUUUACUAGAUAACAAUUUAGCUCGUUUAAAAGAUUUAGCUUAUGAUGUGAGUGCAUAUAACUUGUUGACGCAUAAUAAAUAUUAUUUGUUAAAUGCAUAAGUAUAUAUCAAUUUAUCCCUAUGUAUAUCGUCGUUGGCUUACUGUAACAUGUUUAAAAAAGAUAAUUAAUCACGUGGCUCGUACACAAUAACAAUUGAUCGGCGCUAUAGUAAAGUUAAUCCCCAUAUAUGGCACCUUAUACUUCUAGAAGUAAGUAUUAUAAUAUCUAUGUAUUCUAUAUGUGAUGUAUUCGAGAUUAUAUGUUCAUGUUAUUUUUAAAGCAAUAUUUUGUUCCAAGAAAGCAUUUCUAAACGAAGCAAUAAAAUUAUAAAUAAUCAUAUCUAUUUUGUGUACUUUCCUGUGCUUUAUUUAAACAGUAUUAUACGCUUGUGGUUAAAGAAUAUAACGAAAAUAUUUUUAAAAACUAGCCCGCAGUGUGUUCUGUAUCUAUACUACGCUUGUGAUACAUACAGUGAUAAACUAAACAAAUUAUAGCGAUUUUCCAAUAUAUUAACAAACUAUUUUAAUCGUAAAAUCUUUAUGUAAUUUAUGUACACUGUAAAAUUUAUUUGUUUAAUUAGUGAAAUUUAGCAAGAUAACAACACAAACCAUGUAUCUUACUAACACAUAGUAUAAUCAUUACCUAAUAGCAAA